AUGAUGCGCCUCUGCAAGAUUAUCUCCCUGGGCUUCUUUCCUAUAGGAUUACUCGCACAAAAUGCAUUCGAACCACCCGACUUCGACAUUACUGCGGCACUGUUGCAGAAUGGUGUAGACAUCUCCACUAUUCCAAGCCUAGCAGGUCUUUCCAAGCGGACUAGCUCGAGCGGAGGAUGCUCGAUCGCAUGCAGCUCUCUCAAACGCAUCUUUGGUGAUGCAAAGGUCGAGACCCGAGAGGAGACUGCCUAUACCAUAGCCAUCGAUUAUUUCUGGUCAGCUCAGCAGAAGGUUGCCCAACCGUACUGCGUGUUCAAGCCUGAGGAAGCGCUCGAUGUAUCUACCAUGGUGCUGCUAUCUCGUCUUACUCAAUGUCCUUUUGCAGUGAGAAGUGGAGGGCAUGCAGCCUUUGCAGGCGCAUCAAACAUUGAUGGUGGUAUUACAGUUCUGUUCGAGCGCAUGAAGCAAAUUACUUUGUCAAAAGACAAGAAAGUUGCUUCUAUUGGACCCGGCAACCUCUGGUACGACAUUUACACAACCCUAGCCAAAGACAACCUAGCAGUGGUAGGCGGCCGCGUCUCUGGCGUCGGAAUUGGAGGUCUUACAACGGGUGGCGGGAUUUCGUUCUUCUCGAACGAAUAUGGCUGGGCUUGCGAUAACGUCGCAUCUUAUGAAGUCGUUACUGCCUCAGGAUGCAUCAUAGAAGUCAGUCAAAAGUCGUAUCCAGACCUGUACUGGGCGUUGAGAGGCGGAGGGAACAAUCUCGCCCUCGUUACGAAGUUCAACCUCGAAACGUUCGCCCACGGUCCGCUGAUGUUCGGCGGACAAAGAAGGUUCCUCAGCUCUAGUUUCCCUGCUGCGAUCGACGCCUUUGUAAACCUGGGGACCAGCAUAGCAAAGUACCCAAAAGCUGCACAAUUCCUGGCCAUCAUUCUGGAUGCCGCUACGAACACCCAAAUCGCGAUUGCCGAGUUGGAGUAUGCAGAUCCAGUCGCUAAACCCCCAGUCUUUGAAGAAUAUUUCAACGUACAAGCCUUCCAAGACACUACGGAGUUGAACACCCUGGCCUACUUUACGCAACAGUUGAACAAUAGCAACCCCAAAGGCUAUCGCGAGUCAUUUUGGACUUCUUCGUCUAAGCUUGAUCGAGAGUUGGUUCAGUUUAUGUUCGAUGCCACUUAUGAGGAAUUCGCGAACAUUCGAGAUGUCGCUGGUAUCUUACCUGCAAACACCUUCCAGAUCAUCACCGUUCCGCAGCUCGAGCAGAUGCAAAAGAAAGGUGGGAACGCACUGGGACUUUCACCUUCUGACGGACCGAUCCUUAUCAUUAACCUGAGUAGUCGCUGGGAUAAGGCUGAAGAUGACGCGCGUGUUUUGAAGGCGAACGCCAACAUCGUCAAAAAGAUGGAGGCAGAGGCAAAGCGCAGGAACUUGGUGAAGGACUACAUCUACAUGAAUUACGCUAGUCAGUUCCAAGAUGUCGUUGGAAGCUAUGGUGAAAGUGCAGACAAGCUGAGGCGAAUCGCGCGCAAGUAUGAUCCCACAGAGGUGUUCCAGAAGCUGCAACCUGGCUACUUCAAGCUGCAAGGGCCGCCGAACAAGAACUGGCCAUAG